GAUGCUCAGCCUGUUGCCCCAUAUGACAGGUGAAGAGGUCGAUGAGGUGGUACAAAGUUUUUAUGUUGAUGAUUUGGUUCUGGCAGGAACGACAAACAAUGAUGUAGUUAAGAGAGCAAUACAUCAAGAUGGAAGGGUAGAUGUCCCUGCUGAGGGAAUAUUGGGAUUGAAGAAAUUAGGAGAAAUAGCGAAAUUAAGGGCAACAGAUAGAGUUUUAGGAAUGGCGCUAUUGUCAGUUAGCAACAUCUUGAAAUACAAACAGCGGGAGCAGGACAAUAGGGAUGUUCAAUCAGUGGUUUGUUGCGCAAAAGAUUGCACUUAUACAGACUGGUCUGAAUGGUCAAAAUGCGACGAUCUAUGCAGCGGGACACAAGAAAAGGAGCGGAGGAGAGAGAUCAAAGCUAAGGCAGUUUGUGGUGGAAAAGACUGCAAAGAACGUUUAAGAGAGAAGAAGAAUUGUAAUUCUGAAUUUAGCUUUCCUUGUUGGCCUGGAAGACCAGCUUACUUUUGUAAAUGUUCCAAGGGAUUUACGCAAGUGAACGGUAGAUGUAAAAUGAUCAAGUCCGAAAGAACGACGGUAAAAGUCCACUCAUUUAUGUCUAUUCUACGUUUAAGAGAGAUGGAUAUUGUAGAACAACUGGACAAAAAAAUCAAUAAUAUUCAAUACGUAAAUGGCAAUUUAAUUGAUAUUACCUAUAAAUACAAUCUAAGUAUGAAUCUAACUGUAAAAGAAACCAAUCAUUUUCUUAUUGAAAGUGGUAUAUAUUCUUAUAAAUUUGGCCUUGUUGACCUUCAAACAUCAAUGUAUAUUAAGAAUGUUAAUGCAGAUGAAAUUCGUGCAAACGUUUCAUUCCUUACUGACAAUUGUUCAACAAGAGUUUUCUCAAGAGAUAAUCCGUAUUCUGGAUAUAUAGUUUGUCAGAAGAGAUAUGCAAAACCGGAAAUAAUUCAUGGUGAAAAACUGUGUUUUCUGAUAAUAUUGAAGCUGGGUGGAAAGUUAACCAUAGACGCCGACUUACUACCUCCAUCCAAGAUUGUUGGUACUCAUUCUUGCUAUUUUGGACCUAUUGAAGAAUCAAUUGAAAGGUGUAUAACGUUUGACCUACUCCCUCCAAAACAUUGUUCAACUUUUAAAAAACAACCAAUUAGUUGUCAAAAAGAACCGAUAAAGAUAAAUUGCGACGACGUUAACGAAUUAAAAACUCUCACAGUUUUAUUCUCUGGUUGGAAUGACACAUUAUCGAUGAUUAAAAGUUUUACGGCAAGUAUCUACUCUCUACACGUAAUUGAAGGUAAUUACGAAAGAAAAGAGAUAAUAGAUUCUAUGGAUUCGUAUUCACCAAACGAUACUGAAAUGUCUUUAAAAUUUUCGGAUAAUGGAGGAUUUUUCGAAGUUGAACUACAAGCAUUCGACAACGCUUUAAAUGUGGAAAAGACCAGUAGACUUAUUGAAAUAUUAAAAGAUGGAAAUGAAUAUAAAUGUCAUACAUUUCUUCUAAAAAGUCUUUAA